AUGGGGCUCCUGGCGAAGCUGCUGCUGGUGCUGGGGCUGUGCGCGGGCGGGCGGGCGCUGGGUGCCCCCCGCGGCUGCCCCGCCGCCUGCAUCUGCACCUCCGACGUGCUGAGCUGCAGCCGGCGGGCGCUGCUGCAGGUGCCCCGCGCGCUGCCCCGCACCGCCACCGCGCUGGACCUCAGCCACAACGGCCUCACGCAGCUCCGCGACGGCUGGCUGGCCGCCCUGCCGCACCUCGAGGCCCUCCACAUGGGCCACAACCAGCUCGAGGAGCUCUCGGCGCGCGCCUUCCACAACGGCUCCCGCCUGCGCCACCUCGACAUGUCCUCCAACCGCCUGCGCGCCGUCCGCGCCCACUACUUCGCCGCGCUCGUGAGCCUCGAGGAGCUCCUGCUCUACGACAACCGCAUCGCCCGCGUCGAUGAGGGCGCCUUUGCCGGGCUCAGCGGCUUGCGGAAGGUUUACCUGAGCUGGAAUAACCUCACCCAUUUCCCCUUCCGCUCCGUGCACGGGCUCGGSAACUACAGCCUCCGCACGCUGGACCUCUCCUCCAACAACCUGAGCAGCGUCCCCGUGGAGGAGCUGGCGGCGCUGCCCGAAAACGUCCGCAACGGCCUCUACCUGCACAACAACCCCGUGACGUGCAGCUGUGCCCUCUACCUGCUGCUGCGCCGCUGGAAGCAGCAGGGCUUCCGCUCCGUGAAGGACUUCUCCGAGGAGCACACCUGCAAGGUCUCCGACCACGUGCCCCGCUCGCUCAUUCGGUUCCUCAAGUACAGCCAGAUGUUUGAGAACUGCUCCGGCGGCCCCGAGGACGCCCCGCGCGCCCGGCCCUUCCCGGCGCUCGUGAGCCAGACCCUCCUCAUCACCUGCAACGCCAGCCUGCCGCCGGCGGCCCCCACCUACAUGUGGAUCACGCCGCACCACGAGCCCGUCAAGCAGCCCGGCAACAGCAACCGCUCCUUGGAGGUCUACAGCAACGGCAGCCUCAAGAUCUCGGCGGCCAAGCCCUGGCACUCGGGGGUUUACGUGUGCCUGGCCAUCAGCAGCCCCCAGAACUUCAGCCGCAUGUGUGAGGUCAACGUCACCGUCCACUACCCCAAGCCGGACGGCGAGACCUUCAGCACCGGCCUCACCACGCUCCUGGGCUGCAUCGUCAGCCUGCUGCUGGUGCUCGUUUACCUGUUCCUCACGCCGUGCCGCUGCCUGAGGUGCUGCAAGAAGGCGGCGCCGCGGAGCCCUCCGCAGGAGUGCAGCGCCCAGUCCUCCAUCCUGAGCGCCACGCCGCCGGCCACCGAGGCGCCCAACCGCAAGGCCAGCGCCCACAAGCACGUGGUCUUCCUGGAGCCCCUCAGGGAGACGCACAACGGCAAGAUCCGCCUGGCCCUGGGCGAGGACUUCCCCGACGCCAAGCACCCCAAGGUGCUGCAGCUCAAGUCAGACUCRGAGUCCAUCAGCUCCGUCUUCUCCGACACCCCCAUUGUGGCGUAGYGGAGCUCUCACAAGAGCCGGAGCCUCCUGAGAACCACGUCUGAGAGCCGUGGUCUCCAUCGCUGCUGGAGGAGGGUUAUUAGGCACCCCUUAAUCCCUCCCUUGACCGCUAGCUGCGA